AUGCUUUAUCUCAUUGCAAUACUUUGUGAGAAUUAUGGAAAGAAUAAGUAUCUAACAAAUUUGGUGGACAAUACACGAAUUCACAUUUUACCAUCGAUGAAUCCGGAUGGUUAUGAGAAGGGGUUUGAAGGUGAUCGUACUGGAUACACUGUAAGUUGUUAUACGAAUCCGUACAUUUUUGAAUUUGGAAUUUUUUUUUGCUAG